AUGGGCAAAAUCGCUGGUAUCACUUUUCCCAUCUCGCUCUUCUGGUUCGCAUGGACGACAUAUCCCAGCGUCCAUUCUACCGUCCCAGCCCUGGCAACAUCUCUUUGGGGCUGGUCCUUUGCAGCACUGAUACAAAUGAGCUUUUCGUACACUGAGGAUGCGUACAAGCAGUACUCAGCUAGUGCAUUGGCGGUCCUUGGGUUCGUUAGGAAUCUUGCGGGCGGUGGGCUUCCGCUUUUUGGCAAUCAGAUGUUUCAGAAUGAGGGCUAUCAGUGGACGGGGAGUAUUUUGGCAUUUCUGGCGUUGCUUAUGGUGCCGACUCCGUUUGUGAUGGAGAACUAUGGGGAGAGGUUGAGGAGGAGUUGUGUGACACAGCCUAGCCUUUCCUGGCACCCCGGCCAGUAUUUAUCUCUUUUGGCCUGGACAAACGCUGCAUCGUCCUUCCGUUUCUUUACAACUACCGACUUGCGAGUCAGAGGAGCAGCACAGUCCCUGGUCUACAUGGCACGGUUCGAGGACUUCUCUGGCGUGGAGGUGACGGUCGAGAUCAAUGGACAUGCCCUCAGGUACAGAAGCAAGCAACUACUCCAUGGCGAGGAGAAGCGCGUGGAGGGCGUGGGCAAUAUAGUCGCUAAAUUCUUCCACGGCAAGAUUACCCAUGUCGAGAAGCGGGUCGAACCUUCACCGGAGAUGCAGCUGUUGCAAGCAUUUGCAACGCCAGACGACCAUGACCAAGAUGCCGCAUCACCAGCCGAUGCACCAACAAACGGUCCAGGAACAUCCAAUACUGCGCCAAGAAACAGCAAGUUGGCGAAGGCAGAACAGCACAAGAGCAUGAGUAUACCCUCCGACACAGAACGAUACAUCUCUCAGCAAGCGCUGUUCAAGCCGCAAGCAAAGCUCGGGAGGCCAGGUCUUUCACACCGUGUCGGAGUUGUGCCCGCUGCUACGGUAGGAGAACGGAAUAAGGCUCCUGGUAUCUUGGUCGUCCGGACAGGCGAGCCACCCCGAGAUCAGACCGAUCAGAACAAAGAAGACCGAGCUUCUGGCCCAGUCGUCGGUCCAAGCAGCAACACACAAGGCAAGCAGCCUGCUCAUCAUAUCUCAGAUCGCACGGCUCCGAUUCCAACGACGGGUCCAGCGAUGCCUGUCGUCCUUCUUCAAAAGGCUACGCCAAUCGACGCGAAUACAUAUGCCAUCGAGUUCCGCUACCGAUCCGUACAUAAAUCUAAGAAAAUGUUUGAGGCGAUCAAUAUCGCCGACCUGGCAACUCGAGAUAUCCGCGAGCAGUGUGUGGAAGACAUACAUGCGUUGCAGGCUAGGGCAGCAGCAACACCUCCUGAUCCGGAGCCUGUGUCACUCGCCCCGAGGCUGAAGCGUAAGCGGAGGGAUAGUGAGGAAGGAGGAAAGGACAAUCCGUACAUGGUGUUAGACUAA